AUGCCUGGGACGGUGGCUGAGGGACCGACGGUCUCCAUGUCCUUCGCGAACAACUUCUGGGGAAAAGAUGACGCAGGUUUACAGCCCAUGCUUGACCGCAUGCACUGCUCGAAAACAACUAGUGAUGAAUUGAAAGCGUUCUACAGCGUACGAGCCGCGAUUGAAGACGAAUAUGCCCGUAAGCUUUCAGCGCUGUGCCGUAAGUCGCUGGGGGCAUCCGAAACUGGCUCUCUACGGCUCUCGCUCGACGUGGUACGGGGAGAAACGGAAGCCAUUGCCAAAGCACACUCCGCGAUUGCAGGUCAGAUGAAAACUGAGCUGGAGGAGCCGCUAUCCGCUUUCGCUAGCGGACUGAAGGAAAGACGAAAGAUCAUCCAAAACACCAUUGAACGCCUUCACAAGACCAAAGUCCAACAGACACAGGUUGUCAACAAAACACGGGAUCGCUACGAACAAGACUGUCUGCGUAUUAAGGGCUAUCUCGCACAGGGUCACAUGGUAAUGGGCCAAGAAGAGCGCAAGAACAAGGCCAAGCUUGAGAAGACUCAGAUUCAGCUUGCAUCGAACAGCAACGAAUACGAGGCCGCCGUUAAGACACUUGAGGAGACGACCGGUCGCUGGAACAAGGAGUGGAAGGCAGCCUGCGACAAAUUCCAAGAUCUCGAGGAAGAGCGUCUAGAUUUCUCCAAGAGCAGUCUCUGGACCUAUGCGAACAUUGCGUCCACAGUCUGUGUUAGCGACGAUGCUUCGUGCGAGAAGAUCCGUCUCUCUCUCGAAGGCUGCGAGGUCGAGAAGGACAUCGUGUACUUCAUUAAGGACAAAGGCACUGGCCAGGAAAUUCCGGACCCUCCACGCUUUAUCAAUUUCUGCAAAGAGGACACAGACACAGGAUCUGAAGUUGAUGAAGGUGAGGGCUACUCGGUUGCUCAGUUCCAGAGGACUAUGAACCCGGCAUUCCGCACAUCUUCUCCUCAGCCCUCGACCUUUGAGUCCCACCAUGACCCGCAGUCGGAUCUUGCAGCUCAGAUGGGUCAUCCGGCACCGCAUCCUGCGCAGGAGAAUGCUCAGCAGCCUCCUCCCUUGGACCUUCGACGGGUGGACAACUCCCGCCAAACUAUGAUCCGGAUCAGCAUGGAGAGAUCAAUGCCAUUCCUCACAACGCUUACCCCACUGAUGAGUGAAGUGUCGAACCCUACCUCCAUGUCGAGUAUAGAACAGCCAAUGACCGCAAAGCCACCGCCUAAGCCAACAAACAGCGAACCUCUGCCAAGCCAAAGAGAAGACAAGCAAGCUACCCCGAAAAAGAAGACUGCCUUCUUUAGCAACAGCCCCUUCCGUCGCAAGAGCCGUCAUGACAAGGAGAGGCCUGCCAUCGGAUCCCAAUCUUCCAGGAGCCCGUGGAGCUCCCCUACUAAGCAGGCCAGCCCACCAAAGGCACCUCAGCCUCAGCCUCAGUCUCAGCCUCAACCUCAGCUAGAGCGCCGUACCCGGAGCCCUGAGCCUGUUGACCCACGUGCUAACUUCCAGCUCAAUAUUGGAAACAAUGUUUUCGAUGUUGCUUCUCCCGAGAAGAAUGCGGCCAACCGGGCAGCACAGAAAGCCAAGGGUGGUGAGGAUGAUGCGGACCCCAUCGCGCGUGCUUUGGCCGAUCUGAAGACCACUGGCAAACAAUCUACUCUGCGUGUUUCCGCUGAUCGAUACCACGGAAUCUCGACCCCGACCCCUUCGGCCCCCUCGUCUACCUACGGCGGCAGCUCUUCUGGCGCUCCCCCUGCAUACCAUGACCCGUCGGUGAAACGACUCGAUGCUCCCGAGCCAGCUUUCACGUCUAAGCAGAUGCAGAAGACCACUCAGAGGUAUACUGCAAAGUCUCAGGAGGUUCCUCGUGCACGAUCUCCUGCUCCGUCCAUGCGACGCAGCGCCAGUCCUCAAGUAUCUCCACGCAUCGACACCCGAUCAGGAUAUGGCAGCGGCGGAGCCAGCCCAGCCCCAAGCCCAACCACAUACCAAUCGAGUAGCGCGCGCAGCCGCUACAGUCAGUCUCCUACCCCACGCCGCGCCCAGGAGCCGCCCUACUCGCCAAACGACUACGCUAGGCGGGCUUCCCCGGCUGCUAGUAGUCACCGUGCAGUCUCCCCUCAGCCUGCUUUCAGACAACAGACCCGCCCUUCUAGCGCUGGCGGCAUGGAGCUGCAGCUUUCUAAUCAAGCUGACAUGUACGGCGGUGGAUCGAGCUAUAGCUCACGUCAUGACGGUCGACCGAUGUCCCAGUACGGGGGAGAUAACAAUGCACCGCCGCCAGUCGGUCGAUCUCGCAGUCGCACCGUUGCCGUUGCCGACCCCGGUCGAAAGUUCAGCCGUGAUGGACGUCCUAUUCUACACUUUGCUCGCUCAAUGUACACCUAUAGUGCUGCCAUUCCUGAAGAGCUUGGAUUUACUAAAGGCGAUGUCUUGGCCGUUAUUCGCCUCCAAGAUGAUGGCUGGUGGGAAGCAGAAGUCACCAAUGCUCGCGGACACCCUGGCUUGGUACCGAGCAACUACCUCCAGAUCAUCUAG